AUGGGCUUAUACUACUUGGAUACUGCAAUCAGCAUCAGCUGGUCCAAGAUUAAGGACAUCAUUGAAAAUGUGAAGAAAUUUGUUGCUUUGCAACCUGAGGCUUUCUGUGGCCUGGACCUCUAUAAUGGUAUCCAUGUGAGACAUAUCACUAUUUCAACUGCUUAUUUGGGUAAAGAUGAAGAUGUUAUAGAAUUCGAUAAGCUUUACUAUAGAAGUAAGGAUCCAAUGCCCCCCAGCAUCUAUCAAGACAUUCUUGAAGAGAUUGAUCAAAUAGCCUUGUUUAAAUGUGCAAGGUUGCCACAUUGA